GGAUUUUUUUUACCAUUUUGGCACGUCACACACUCGCAUUUAAACAUCUUUUCUCCGCAUUUUCGUCCACUUUUUAUAGAAUUUGAGAAUUUUUUUUGGAUUUUUACUGAAAGGCAAUAAACGGAACAGAAAACGACUUCAGCGUAUUGCAAGAAACGUCUGCAAAGCGUGCGCUUGUUCGAUUGUAACCAGCAAAAUUGAUCCAGAAGUGCAAUAAACCAUUAUUGAUUUGGCUUUUUCUUCACAAGCAAGAAGAGUUGGACGAUUUCGCUUGUGUACAAAAGUGUAACCGCGGAAAGCGUUUUCUCGAAAAGGUGAUCCAAAUGAGUUCACGCACAAAAAGUGAAAGUGGCGACUACCUCGGGUAGUUUCGUUGUUGGGGCAGAUUUUUUUCCGGUCCGGGUUAUUCGGACUUUUUGGUGGCCGAUGUGCCUAGACGUUGGAGAGUGAUUAGAAGGUUACUAAAAGUAAAUGUUUGUAAUUCACAGCCUUCCAGAACAAACGACAAUGACGCAAAUGGCUCAAGAAGAGAUCGUCUCCAACACCAAAACCGUAAUGCAGGGAUUGGAAGCGCUUCGUGUCGAGCACGUCACACUUAUGAAUAACUUGGCGGAGGGAAGUAAGAAUGAUCCUGAUAAAAUGGAAAUUGUACGAAAAAAUAUGGAAAAUAUUGAACUGGGAUUGAGUGAGGCUCAGGUUAUCGUGAUGCUUUUCGCUCAUCUGCAAAACAUUGAAGCAGAAAAACAGAAACUACGCACUCAAGUGAAGCGACUCUGCCAAGAAAAUGUAUGGUUGCGUGAUGAAUUGGCCAUAACACAACAGAAACUACAGGCCUCCGAGCAGAGCGUCGCGCAGUUGGAGGAAGAAAAGAAGCAUCUAGAGUUUAUGGCUUCAGUGAAAAAAUAUGACGAAAUUCAGGAGAACGAGGAUCAUUUGGAGAAGUCUCGCACAGAUCCAGUUGUGGAACUUUUUCCUGAAGAUGAAACCGAAGAGCGCAAUAUGUCUCCGACUCCUCCGAAUCAGUUCGCAAAUCAUGCGAAUGCGGGCUACGAGAUUCCAGCACGCCUGAGAACUUUGCACAACCUAGUUAUUCAGUACGCUUCGCAAGGCCGCUACGAGGUAGCAGUUCCUCUAUGUAAGCAAGCUCUUGAGGAUCUCGAAAAAACUAGUGGGCAUGAUCAUCCAGACGUUGCUACGAUGUUGAAUAUUCUUGCUCUUGUCUAUCGCGAUCAGAAUAAAUAUAAAGAGGCUGCCAAUCUGCUGAACGAUGCGCUUACCAUUCGCGAAAAAACACUUGGCGAAAACCAUCCCGCUGUUGCGGCCACUCUCAACAAUUUGGCAGUGUUAUAUGGUAAACGAGGCAAAUAUAAGGAUGCAGAACCGCUGUGUAAACGUGCCCUAGAGAUACGAGAAAACGUGUUGGGCAAGUCGCAUCCGGAUGUAGCAAAGCAAUUGAACAAUCUGGCUCUUCUCUGUCAAAACCAGGCGAAAUAUGAAGAGGUCGAAAUGUACUACAAAAGAGCGUUAGAAAUUUAUGAAAUGAAGCUCGGCGGCGACGAUCCCAACGUAGCGAAGACGCUGAACAAUCUUGCCAGCUGCUAUUUAAAACAGGGCAAAUACAAGGAAGCGGAGAUGCUAUACAAAGAGGUUCUUACAAGGGCCCAUGAGCGAGAAUUUGGUGCAAUAAAUGGAGAAAACAAGCCCAUCUGGCAGGUUGCAGAGGAGCGCGAGGAAAACAAGUUGAAGAAUCGUGAAAAUACCCCGUAUGGUGAGUACGGUGGAUGGCAUAAGGCUGCCAAAGUAGACUCACCGACAGUCACGACAACUCUUAAAAAUCUUGGUGCUCUGUAUAGAAGGCAAGGCAAAUAUGAAGCGGCUGAUACUUUGGAAGAUUGCGCUCUUCGUAGCAAAAAAGAGGCAUUGGACUUGGUGAAACAAUCGAAAGUUCUUGCGGACGAUAACAAACGGCAGAAAAGCGGCCACAGCAAAGAAGAGAAUGAGGAUCAUAAUAAGCGCGUUCAUAAGUAAUCAGUGCUGCUCGCACAUAAACUGGUAAACAUGUGAAUGCGUAGCAGAAUUAUGUAUCACAACCAUUUAUAGCUUGAUAACUAAAAUGAACAAUAUUGCUAUUACUAGCGGGUUUGUAGUAUAUUUGAACUUCAUAAUGCUUUAAUCGUACGUUUGAUAUAUCAUGAAUGGAUGAAUUGUGUCUUUCUCUCUGUGAGUAUGAAUGAUUUCGGUGCAGCUUAUUCCUGUGCACUCGCUCUCGCUGCUGCGCGAAAAGAUAUCAAGGUAACUUGAUUGAAGUGUUAGAUAAAGACACACGCAGCAUAAAAAGCUUUUGAUAAUAUAAUAAACCAUUGAAAACUGUAACUUAAUCAUUUCCAAACUAAUAAAUAAGUGAUAUAUCAUUUGCUUCAGCAUGUCUUUCAAUAUUUCUGUGAUUAAAACUACAAAAUCGGAUUUCGUGUAGACCGGGUACGAUGGCUAAAAACGUCAAUCAAAAACACAUUAAACUAUUAUUUAGAACACGAAGCGAACAACCUUUCCUUUGUCUUUUCGAAGAUUCCGAAGUUCCGAAAAGGGAAAAUCAAAAACAUUGGGUGAAUGAUUGACAGCACGAAUAAUUAUCUUCACCGAAAUGGGAAAUUAAUUUUAUAAUUGCACCGAUUAUCUGUAUACCUGCAUCUUUA